AUGAGUGUCCAUGAUAAAAAGCAGCAAUCCCUACUAUUCACACCCAUCAAAAUACGGGGCCUAACCCUCAAGAACCGUAUCGGCGCAUCACCAAUGGCUACGUGGCAAGCGGUAGAUGGUAUAGCAAAUGAUUUUCACCUAGCACACUACGGCGCAUUUGCCCUGGGUGGUGCCGGACUGGUUAUGGUAGAGGCCACCGCUAUCGAGCCAAGGGGUCGCGGCGCCAAAGCCGGAAUUUCCAUCUAUAAUGAUAAACAUGUCGAUGCGUUGAGUCGUAUGACCAAGCUCAUUAAAUCACAAGGAGCCGCACCAGCCAUACAACUGUUCCACUCGGGUCGUAAGGGUAGUACAGCUGAACCCUGGGCUAACAUUAGACGCCAGUUAACGGAUGAUGAGGGCGGUUGGGAUCUCAUAGCUCCCAGUGCUAUACCGUUUGGCGAUGGUUUGGAUAGAGUGCCCAAAGAGGCCACACUUGAGGACAUAGAAGUACUGCAACAGGCGUUUGUGUCGGCGGCGCUCCGGGCGGUAAAGGCUAGCUUUGAGGUGAUUGAGCUUCAUUAUGCCCACGGCUUUUUGGUUAGUUCAUUUCUAUCGCUUAUUAGUAAUCAACGCACCGACCGAUACGGCGGUUCACUCGAGAAUCGGAUGCGCUUCGGCUUAGAGACGGCCCGUCGGGUGCGGGAAGUGAUCCCCAAAUCAAUGCCACUGUUUGUGAGGAUUUCGGUCACGGAUUACGCGGACAACGGAUGGGAUGUCAACGACAGCGUAGAGUUUUGA